UUCGCAGGCGGACGUGGUUUUUGGUGACGGUGACGCGCUCGGUUAAAAGGGAAGAAAAAAGUUGGAAUCCUGCAGAAUUUUCUCUAGUGCGUGCCUGGGAGGUCUUAUAUAAUUUCCGGUGAAAGAAAGUGCAGUGUCGUGUGAAUAAGGCCAUCGAAGUGAAGGACAAAAUCGUGCCCAAUGAUGAAUCCGGUGGUGAAGCAGGAAAUUAAUGGUUCGCCCUUGCCACAGCGUGUUCCACAGCAGCAGCAGCAGCAGCAUGUUGGUGGUGAUGGUGGCGGUGGCGGAGGUAUUCCGGGUGGCAAUCAGCCUGGUGGCGGAGGCAACGCGAGUGGCAGUGAUCAGCACGGUCCCGGUGGUCCCGGAGGUCCCGGAGGAAAGGGCAACAUGAAUCGGAAUAACCGAAAUAAUAGCAAAAAUCGGCUGAGCAUGCCUAACCGUAAUCGUGGUCCGGGUGGCAUGGGAAUGGGAGGUGGCGGCGGCGGCGGUGGCGGUGGAGGUAAUAUGGGCCCCGGAAAUAACCGGCCAGGAAAUAAUGCGGGCAACAACAUGCAGCAAUCGCCACAGCAGGGCGGAGGCGACGAUUCUGGCCCAAAUCCGCACAUGAACCGUGGCAUGCAUCGCGGAAAUCGCGGGGGAAACGAUAUGGAUAACAGCUUCGUUGAUCGUCGUCGUGGCGGUGGAGGGGACGGAUAUUUUAUCAACGAGAAGCUUCGUUUGCUGCAGGGACCGCUGCUCGACAUUCCAGCGAUUGAGGCACAGGAGGCUAAGUUUUCCGGCCGCAACCGUCUGUACGUGGGUAACCUCACAAAUGAUGCGACGGAAGAGGAGCUGAUGGAUAUGUUCAAGCCGUUCGGUGAAAUCAGCGAGGUUUUCAUGAACAAAGAGAAGAACUACGCCUUUGUGCGUGUAGAUUACUUCUCGAACGCCGAAAAGGCGAAACGGGAGCUGGAUGGUACAUCGCGCAAGAACCGUGUUUUGCGUGUUCGCUUCGCACCGAAUGCUACCGCCAUUCGCGUCAAGAAUCUGACCGCGUACGUAACGAACGAGUUGCUGUACAAGGCAUUUGAGGUUUUCGGACCGCUCGAACGUGCGGUGGUGCAGGUGGACGAACGUGGCAAACCCACCGGCGAGGGAAUUGUCGAGUUUCAGAAAAAACCGGGUGCGGCAGCUGCGAUCCGGUACUGCACUGAGAAGUGCUAUUUCCUCACUUCCUCCCUUCGUCCCGUUAUCGUCGAGCCGUAUACGUACCAGGAUGAUAACGAUGGUCUGCCCGAGAAGUCGCUCAACAAGAAGCAAAACGAAUUCAUCAAAGCUCGCCAGCUUGGGCCACGGUUUGCGGAGACCGGAUCAUUCGAGUACGAGUAUGGUCAGCGCUGGAAGCACAUGCAUGACAUGUACCGGCAGAAGGCCGAAGCCCUAAAGCGUGAGAUGAUCAUGGAGGAGGAACAGCUCGAGGCGAAGAUGGAGUUCGCUCGCUACGAACACGAAACUGAGCAGCUGCGUGAACAACUUCGCCAGCGAGAGAUGGAUCGUGAUCGCCAGAAGGCGGAACUUGAAAUGAAAGAGCGCCAAGUGCACGUGGCGCGACAACGUAAUGACAUGCAGGUCAAGACCGAGAUGGAUGAGAUGACCAACAGAAUCAAGCGUUCGGAUGAAGAGUUGGACCGCAGACAGAAGGAAAAUAAUAUGUUCAUGAAGAACCAGCAGAUGAACUUCAUGGACCAGCAGCAGCAAAUGAAUGAAAUGGGUGGAAUGGGUGGAGGUGGCGGCGGCGGAGGCGGUGGUGGUGGUGGUGGCAAUGACAAUCGUCGCAACUUCGACAUGAACCAAGGACCGGGCAAUGGCAACUUCAUGGAACCAACCGUCAGAGAUUACGAUCAUGGUCAGAACCGACCUUCUCGGUUUGACGAUGGACAGCAGCAGCAGCAGCAGCAACAACAGCAACAGGGAAUGAACCAGCACCAGCAACAGCGAUCCAACGAUUUCGGCAAUCGUAACAAUUGGAUGAAUAAUACACCAAACCGUCGGCUUAAUAAUGAUGAUUUCCAGAACAAGCGUAGACGCUUCUAAGCUACUUUUGCUUUAUGCUAAAUGUGUGACAAGCCACCAACGCUACACUUCUAAGGAUAUUUGGAAUCUGGCGGACUUUAUUUAUUAUAAGGGAAAAACGGCUUGUUGUCCGUUGAUUGAAUUUAUUUUUAUUUCCUUAUCAUUAUUCCUUGCUUUAGCACUUCAACUUGUAGAUGUGCGUUCUGUUCGAUAGAACAAAUAAUGUCUUUUACACAACUACUGCGUGUGUAAAGUGAAACAUAAGAUCUUGGAAUAAUGAGCGUUUGAAGAUGAUCAACACUGAAUACUCCAAGGAGAUCGUGUGAAAAGUAGUUCUAUGUUGUGUUGUUUUCUUAAGACACGGCACAGCAGACACCUGCGACUAAUCUUUUAAUUUACUCAUCUAGUAUUUCGACGAUGUUAUAAUGACAGGAUGACGGGACGUAAUCACUGAUAUGAUUAUGAAGAGACAGUUGAUAAAAUUGUCAAUCAAACGAAUAAGAAAUGUACAAUAUAUAAUUGAAAUGGGUUAAAUGCGCAACAGUGUAUGAUUAUUCACACAGAUGUAUUUCCACAAAUUAGCUACGUAAGGUAAUACGGUCAUCGCAGCGAGUUAUUGAUCAAUGAAAUUUCUUUUAAAUGAUGUUAGUGACGAAAUGCCCGUAACACAACGCAAUCUUAUUUUAUCAUUGGGAAAUCUAAACAAGGUUUCCAACUGAUGAACACAACACUAUUCAUGUACCAUGAUCAUUAAGAAAGCCGCAUCCAUUCAAUAAUAGUGUACAAUUGUUCCUUUUACAGUAGUAGCAUAAAUUAUGCCAUAAAUGAAGCAGAACAUUUUUGUACGCCAUCUACAGUACAGUUAUCCAUCAUCAAAAAAUCGAUCUUAGUGAAAGGAAUGUUGAAAAAAAGACUUCUUUAUGGGUUCGAAUAUUGCAAAAUUUAAAUGCAAAUCACUAAGUAAUAGUAAAUCUUUUCGCGGAAAUGAAUAUUUUUUUACACCGUUGAUACUGAAUAAUUCAAAUCGCUAUGUUGAUCCACGGUCAAUUUACCAUCCAUUUUGCAAUAGAAAGGUCCGUUUUUUUAACAAAUGCCCUUGGACAAACCCGUGCAUUGCAAGCUACAAAUUUAAUGCACGAUUUAAUGCUUUCCAUUGAGUUAAAGUAUGUGUGUGAUUAAGAUAAAAAUCCUAAAAUGUCUCAAAAUACAAGUAAUGCAAUAUGCUAUAUUUUAAAUAUAAGGAUUCUCUAAAGAAUAGACCUUUUGAAGCAGAA